AAUGUUCGUACAUGAAUGGUGAGGGUAUAGGAAUCAUAUGUACUUAUAUAUGUACUUAUAUAUAUUUACUGUGAGUUACCAAAUUUUCUGAUCAACUUUGGCAUUAUAUAGGUAUCAUAUUUUUGUGGAUGUGAUAUACCUAUCAUACAUCAUCUAAAACUUGAUGUACAUACAAUUGAACGAUUGUAUGAAUUACUUUGUUAUCAAAAAUUGAUUGUAAGAUAUCAAUGCUGAUUAGUCGACUGAUUAGUAAAAAAUUGUUGAAAUAAAAGACUAAGAGAAUCAUUACAAAAUGGAAAAACGUCAGUAUGUAUCUGGAUAUAAGGCAAUUCGUUAUAAAAUACUACAAGGAACCAUGGACGUUAAUGCAACAUGUAAAGAAGCCUCAGAGGACGAAAUUACAGCGUUACAACUUGCGAUAAAGAAACAAGAUUGGAGAUUAAUUGACUUCCUUCUAGAAAAUAACGUUGCCGUAAAUUAUUAUAGUCCGAAAUGUGCACCGGCACUUUAUUUAGCUAUUAAAUCCGGUUAUGUAGGUUUAGUUAAAAGUUUAGUUUAUAGUCAUGCUAAUAUAAAUAUGAUGUAUGAUAAUAAUACUCCACUACACUUAGCUGUUGAUGAAGAUAAUUAUGCAAUUGCUGAAUUUCUUAUCAAACGAAAAGCUGAAAUAAAUGCUUUUAAUAAAGAAAAUAAGACCCCGUUGCAUAUCGCCAUUGAAAAAAAAAAUAUAAAGUUGGUAAAAUUACUGAUUAAAAACAAAGCUGAUAUUAAUGUAGUUACAAAUAAUGAUGAAACAGCUCUCAUUGUUUCUAUAAAAAACGAAUUUUUUGACUUGUUCAAAAUAUUAUUGAAUGCUGGUGCCAGUGUAAAUCCAGUUAACAACAAUUUGCCACCAUUAGUCUUGGCCGUUGAAAAAAAUAACUACAAAAUUACUGAAUGUCUAAUUAAACGAGGAGCUAAUCUGAAUAUUAUUUACAAAAAUCAAACACCAUUAAUAAUUGCUGUUGAACAAGAAAACAUAGACAUCCUUAAAUUACUCAUUAGAAAUAAAGCAGAUGUUAAUAUUGAAUCGGAAAUCGGGACUACAGCUUUUUCUGCAGCCAUUACAAAAGGCAAUUUUGUAGUAUUUAAAAUAUUAGUUGAUGUCAUAGCUGAUUUGAAUUCACCCAAUUUAUUACCAUUACAUUCGGCUAUUUUACAAAACAAUUAUGCAUUCACGGAAUAUUUGAUCAAUUCUGGAGCUAAUGUCAAUUCUCUUGAUAUCAAACAACAAACACCAUUGCACGUUGCCGUUUCGAAUGAAAAUAUAGAAAUUAUAAAGUUAUUACUUGAUAAUAAUGCUGAUGUUAAUGUCUUUGAUAAUGACAAUCUAUCACCAUUGAGUAUCGCAAUUAUUAAAGAAAACAAGGAAAUCGUAGCAUUAUUAAUUAAUAAGGAUAAAAUUAUUGUGGAAGCCGAUUUUGUAUCACUUCUAAAAAUUGCUUGGUACAUUAGUAAUUUCGAAAUUUUUGAUUUAUUGUUGGACGUUGGUCUUGAAAUAAAUCCGUGCGCUGCCCACAAAAUUGUGCCACCAUUACUCUUAGCUGUUAUCAGAAAUGAUUUUGAAACUUUCGAGUGUUUGAUUGAUGGUGGAGCUAAAAUUGAUGCAAGUAUUUGGGGGAAAACGCCAUUACACAUAGCUGUUGAAAGAGAAAACAAAACAAUGGUAGAGUCACUCGUUAAAAAUAAAGCCGAUGUGAAUAUUGAUUUUGGAAACGGAAAAACAAUUCUGAAUGUGGCUAUAGAAAAAAAUAAUUUUGAGUUGAUGCGUAUACUGGUCGAUGCCGGUGCGGAUGUAAACUAUGGAGCACCAUUAGAUCAAGCAAUUGAUAACAAUAGUUAUGAAAUAGUGAAGUAUCUUGUUGCUAAUGGAGCUAAAGUCAAUACUUGUGGUAAAUGGAAAAUGACACCAUUGCAGCGUGCUGUUAAAAAAGGAAACAAAGAAAUAAUCGAAUUACUACUUAAAUAUAAAGCCGACGUUAAUGCUGGAUCUUCGUUUGAACCUCUAUGUCUAACUCUUGCUAUAGAAAAUGAUAACUACGAUAUAUUCCAAUUACUGUUGAAUGCUCGUGCUGAUAUCCAUUCAUCAUCGAUAGGAAAGCCGCUAAUACAUUUGGCUGUCGAUAAAAAUAACUAUGAAAUUACCAAACAUUUGAUUAAUUGUGGAGCUGACGUUAACGCUGUUUAUGAUAAUAAAACACCUUUAUUCCUUGCCGUUGCGAGAGAGAAUGAAAAAGUAGUGGAAUUACUGAUUAACAAUAAAGCCAAUGUUAAUCAACGUAUCAUAUAUGGCAAUCCAUUGAAUUCAUUCUCAACAGCUUUUUAUAAAGCUGUUGAAAUUAAUAAUUUAAAUAUAGUAAAAAUAUUAGUCAACUCUCCUAGCAUGAAUGUUAAUCUAUCUUCUCAUCCACCGUUACACAAAGCGAUUCGUGAAAACAACUACGAAAUAACUAAAUAUUUAAUAGAACGUGGAGCGAAUAUUAAUACCCCAAAUAAUUAUGGAACACCAUUAAAUAUUGCCAUUAGUGUUGGAAAUAAAGAAAUAGUUCAACUACUGAUUGAAAAUAAAGCAAAUGUUAAAUCCUGUUUGGAUUCACCUCUUGUUGCAGCUAUUGAAAAUGAUAACUUUGAAAUAUUAGAAUUAUUAAUCAAUACUAAUGAGGCUGAAAUAAAUCCAUCUUAUUCUCGCGGCUAUUCACCAUUACAUACAGCGAUUAUUAGAAACAACUACAAUAUGACUGAGUAUUUGAUAAAUAAUGGAGCGCGUGUUAAUGGUAGUGAUAUAUAUUACUACAGUAUUGAAUCACCAUUACAUACUGCUGUUCGGUGUCAGUAUAAAGAAAUAGUGAAAUUACUGAUUAAAAAUGAAGCAAAUGUUAAUUCCAUCUCUCCAUCCAGAAUGACACCACUCAGUCUCGCUAGUGAGAAUAAUGAUUUUGAAAUAUUUGAAAUAUUGUUAGAUGCUGGUGCUCUCAUAAAUCCCUCUUCUGGCUUCCCGCCAUUACAUACAGCAAUUGAUAAAAAUAAUUACAAUAUGGCUGAGUAUUUGAUAAAUAAUGGAGCGUGUGUCAAUACUAGUUAUAAUGAUAAAACACCAUUACAAAUUGCUGUUCGAUCUGAAAAUAAAGAAAUAGUGACAUUACUGAUUAAAAAUAAAGCAGAAGUUAAUUUCAUCUCCGAAUCCGGAAUAACAGCUCUCGGUGUUGCCGUUGAAAAAGAUAAUUUUGAAUUAGUUAGAAUGUUAGUGAACAUAGGUGCUAACAUAAACCUAUCUAGUGAUGAAGGUUACUCGCCAUUACAGCAUGCGAUAAUUAAUGGUAGCUAUCGAAUAGCUAAAUAUCUUAUAAAUUGUGGUGCUAAUAUCAAUGCUAUUUGCCGUUGUAAAGAAUUGAAUAUAAAGUAUACUCGUUACAACCGUAAAUUUACCAAUCGUAUCAGCAAUUCUCACUAUAGUCUAUUACAGUUCGCCGUUGACUGUAAGAAAUUAGCAAUGGUAAGAUUGUUGAUUGAAAAUAAGGUUGAUAUGAGUUUGGUUGAGAAAAAUAAUCCGCUAUUUCUUUUCGAUAUUAUUAAAUACCAAAGUCAUAAAAUAUUGGAGCUCAUAUUGUCUACUCGUGUUAAUGUUGAUUGCCUUGAUACUCGUGACAAUUGUUGCAGUGAGACUCUUCUGCAUGCUGCUGUGAAAUUGAAAUAUAAGAAUAUCGAAAAAGUCAAAUUAUUGCUAAUGAGUGAAAAUUUUAAUAAUAUUAAUGCACUAACAACGAAUGGUAAAUCUGCCUUUCAUUUUGCUGCCAAUGAAGGUCAUACGUCUAUUAUAAACGUUCUUUUAAAUGCCGGAGUUGAUGUUAAUUUAGUCAACGAUGGCAAUCCAGGAUUUUUAAGUUGGAGUUAUCCCGGUUGUAUCAGAGCAAUGAACAUACAACAUGUUGUUAAACUAAAAGCUGCUAAUUUUCAUCUUAAUGAUGAAAAUUUAAAAGCUAUGAGUGAUGGAAAAUUUAAUAAUUUACAUGCUGAGUGUUUAAGUGAAAUCGAAUUAAUGAAAAAAACGGAAAUUGCAAAAACUAAUUUAACGUAUUACGAUGUAAUAACUAAGAGCAAACAUAGAUUAGCUUUAGGUUUAACUAAUACUAAUUAUUUUGUAAAAUUUGACAGCGAAAUGUUAUCAUUACAAUUCCCAUUAUAUGGUGGAAUGAUUAGUUAUCGUCUAGAUGAAGCACAACGCAGACGACAAUUAUUAGAAAAAACUAAUGACAUUCUUUCUCUCAUUUUUUAUGGUACUUUACCAUAUGAUGUUGUUACUCAGGUAAACUAUUAUUUAACUAAUAGGGAUUUAAAAAUUUUAACUUUACGUUGAUGAUAAUGAAGCUUUAUUCAAAAAGUAAAACGUAUUUUUUUAUGCCGAGAGUUGCUCAUUUUUUUUUUAACUUAACGUAAAGAUAAUACAGUUUAAAUAAAAUUUCAUCAAAAUAAAUCACUUAUUGAAUAUCUUGGUGUUGAAAAUCAUUACGUUCAAAAUUGAUUAAACAAACUCACCAAAUAAUUUGAUAUUUCGAUAUUUUGAGACAGCAAACUAAUUACUGUUAUGUCAGAAAUUGACAUAAAUUAAUGUUUUUGUGGGUAUUUGGCCCAAGCCGAAGCCUAUAGACCGGGAACCCCAGAGAUUUUUAUUAAGGAGGAUAGGUUUAUUUUUAAAUUAAUAAAACGAUUUUUUAAUUUUAAUUUUUAACUAUAUGAUCAACUCAAUUACAAUAAUGUUGAGGUUUGGAGAUUAUGCUUCUAAUAACAAUGUUGGAAUUACCUCCUGAUUCAAAUAAAUUUCAAUUAUAAUCCAAAAACAGGUGGCUAGUCAGCCGACUCUGAUUUACAACAAAAAUUACGAAAAUAAAUUAUUAGGUGGCUGGUCAGCCGACUCUAAUUUACAAAAUUCAAAAUUAUAUUUACGAUUUUAAUUUUAAAUUACAUAUGCUCGAAAUUUAAUUUUGUAAUUCUGAUAUAAUUAAUUGAAUAUUUCAAACUUUCAUUUAAUAUUUUAAUUUUAAACUACACGUGUUCAAUUUUAAUUUUGUAAUUUGAAUAUAUGUAAACUGAUCAUUUUAAAUUUACUUAAUAUUUUAAUUAUACCUGGUUUCCCUGUGUGAUACAUGAUGUAGUACUUAUACUAGUUUAACUAACUCGUUUCCUUUUCUUUUUCUUCAUUGUAAAAAAAAACUUGUUCACACUUUGAUGAUUGCAGCCAGCAGAGAGCGAGAGUUUUCUUUUGUUUCUGGGUCCUAAAUUUUCUUAUCGGCUCCUCCAUAUUUUUCAUUUUGGUCGGCGCACGCAUUAUUCUCCCCACUAAGAUUUCCCUUAACAGGUAUUUUGCUGUUCGCGUGGCUUAUUAUAUGUUAUAAAAUUUUAUGAGUAAAAGAAAAUUAUUUUGAAAAUUAUAAAAAUUAAUCAGAC